AUGCUAGAUCCUCUCCCGCUUCCUCCACCAUGGCUCGUUAGUCUGGUGAAACCCUUCAGCGAGGCUCUGCAUCUCCCGUCCCUGCCGAUUCAUGUUCAUGAAGUCCUGGGAGCCUUUGUUCUCUACCAGACGACCCAGUCUAUUGUCUCGCCCGUCCUCUCGAAUUUCCUAUUCCCCGACAUCUAUCCGAAGCUCACGCGACGCACUCGCAUUAACUGGGACGUGCAUGUGGUGUCUCUGCUGCAGUCGUGUGUCAUCAACACUGCGGCGUUAUGGGUCAUGUUCAAAGAUCAAGAGCGCAAAGAUAUGCAAGGCAGUGCCAUUGAGCGGAUAUAUGGCUAUACUGGCGCCUCCGGGCUCAUUCAAGGUCUGGCGACGGGAUACUUCGUCUGGGACCUUGUAGUGAGUGCGCGCUAUCUCAAAAUCUUUGGACCGGGAAUCUUGGCCCAUGCUAUCACCGCCCUCUCGGUGUUUGCCCUAGGGUUUAGACCAUUUUGCAAUUACUAUGGCCCAGUCUUUAUCCUCUACGAGCUCUCGACACCCUUCCUCAACAUUCACUGGUUCUGCGACAAGCUCAACAUGACCGGGUCUCAGCUCCAAUGGUACAACGGAAUGAUUCUUCUCUCGGUGUUCUUUGGCUGCCGGUUGAUCUGGGGCACUUACCAGUCGUUGCGAGUAUAUCAAGAUGUUUGGCACACGAUGCACCUCAACAUCCAAUCCGGUCCAGUCCUUCGAGAGAUCCCCACUUCUGCACAUUCUUCUAUAUUCGUCCCCCGAGAUGGACAACUCUGCUUGGGUGACAAAAGCUGCAUUGUAGCGCAAUCCGAAGUGAUGCAGUUCACUGGAUCGCAGACGGAACCUAUUCCAGUCUGGCUGGCUGGAGUGUAUCUGACCUGCAACCUGGUACUGAAUUCGUUGAACUUCUAUUGGUUUGGCAAGAUGAUUGAGGCAGUGCACAAGAGGUUUGAGGGUAAGCCUCACGAGGAUUUUCCCCGGGAACGCGAACGAAAGCAAAGCAUGGUGGAGGCUGCUGCGACCGAGCUCGACUACGAGACCCUCUCUGGACCCAAAACUCCGGACGAGGAGAAAGAAGAGUCAGCUGUUCUGGGGAAGAGCACUGCGCUUUCAGAUGGAUCAGCGGAAGCCCGGAAGCGGUAG